AUGAAGGACGCUUCCAAUGGUGUCGGUCCUGUGCCAUUGCUGACCUCAUGGAAUGUCAAGUCUCAUAUCCAUUUGAUUAUUGGUGCAAAUCCUUUGGCCGCUUCGCGGUGUGCGAAAAGUAUCGAGGCUGGCGCCAAGCCAGUUGUCAUUGCCCCAGAGACCACGAACCUGCACUACACACUUUCGGAGCACAUCUCCCGAGGAGAUGCCCAAUUGAUUCGUCGCGAGUUCCGUGACGAGGACGUGACCAAGUUGGGUCGAGAGGAAGUUGACCAUGUGGUAGAUACGGUUUUUGUGACACUUGGCGCAAGUCAUCCACUUAGUAAGUUGUCGCCUUGCAUGAGACUCAAAAAGCCGGGAACUUCGCUGAUCAAGCAUUCCAUUGAAGGCGCACAUAUAUCGAGACUCUGUCAACGGCUUCGAAUCCCCGUCAAUGUAUCCGAUGCUCCGGAUCUUUGCUCCUUCUCGUUGCUUUCCACAUACUCUGACGGUCCGUUGCAUAUCGGUAUAACAACCUCGGGUCGUGGGUGCAAGCUUGCUUCGCGCUUGCGAAGGGAGAUUUCUGCCUUUCUUCCGGCCAAGCUGGGCUCAGCCAUUGACCGACUGGGAAGUGUGCGCCGAAGACUGUGGGAGGAAGAUCAUGCGGCUGGACUCGGCGAAGCCAACGCCGAUGGUGAGGGUGAUGACGAUGAUGCCCUGGGCCAGAAGCAUACGUUCAAUUCCCUUGUGACGGAAAACGAUGCGUCUGCGGCCAAGACGAGGCGGAUGCGGUGGUUGUCACAGAUCUGCGAAUAUUGGCCGCUUCGCAAACUUGCCUCGAUCACCGACGAGGAUAUCGAGACUAUUCUCCAAGCAUACUCUGCCGAUAAAAAUUCAAGUAACGAGCAAAAAUUGGUCAACGGCGCACAGAGCCCGAGCGGCAUUUCUCAGAAAGGCAGAAUUGUUCUCGCGGGCUCAGGACCCGGCCAUCCUGAUAUGCUCACGCGAGCAACAUACAAAGCCAUUCAGUCCGCUGACAUUGUCCUCGCUGAUAAGCUUGUGCCGGCGCCGGUUUUGGAACUGAUUCCCCGCAGGACGGAGGUUCAUAUUGCGCGCAAAUUCCCCGGCAAUGCUGACCAAGCUCAAGAGGAGUUGUUGCAAAUGGGAAUCACAGCUUUGAGGAAGGGGCUGCGCGUCCUGCGUUUGAAACAGGGAGAUCCUUAUCUCUAUGGUCGUGGAGCUGAAGAGUUUGAGUUCUUCCGUGCGGAGGGCUAUACUCCCGUCGUACUACCUGGUAUCACCAGCGCGAUGAGUGCGUCGUUGUUCGCUGACAUCCCAGCUACUCAUCGUGGUGUCUCCGAUCAAGUCCUGGUCUGCACAGGAACGGGUCGCAAGGGAGCCGCACCAGAGCCGCCGGCAUAUGUGCCUACCCAAACAGUCGUCUUCUUGAUGGCCCUUCAUCGGCUGUCGGCUCUGGUAGAGUCUCUCACCACCCACCUGCACGAGGAUGCCACACGCUCUCGGCCUCUAUGGCCGAAGGAGACACCCUGCGCAAUCGUGGAGCGUGCAUCGUGUCCUGACCAACGUGUUGUCAGGUCUACCCUCGAGCAUAUUUGUCUGGCAUUCGAAGAAGCCGGGUCUCGGCCACCAGGCUUGCUAGUUGUCGGUGCCAGCUGCCACGUUCUCCAUCGACCUGCUCACGAUCAGAAGUGGGUCAUUGAAGAAGGCUUCCACGGACUCGAUGGAUUACAGCUGGAAAGUGAUGCUGCAAUGUCUGUGAUUGAGGCGCAAUGA